CAUUUGGCCCUCUCCUCCCUUCCCUUCCCUUCAUGGGGCUUGCUUUCCCUUUCAUUCAACCAAAACAGCAGAAUUACUGUCUACCCAAUUAGCUUACCAGUCUCUUUUAACACACACAGACAAGACAGGUGUCACAUAGUCCUUGCAAAGUGCAGGCAACAAAGAAAAGGAAAAUAUGGGGCGUUUCACUCUCUUUAACUUCUUCCUUCUCUCCCUCCUCUGCACUUCGGGUCUUGCAGAAAACCCCUAUAGAUACUUCACAUGGAAGGUCACAUACGGCACCGUUUCGCCCCUUGGAGUUCCACAGGAGGUAAUUAUGAUAAAUGAUCAAUUCCCAGGCCCCAACAUAAACUCCACCACCAAUGACAACAUCGUUGUCAACGUCUUCAACCAACUCGACGAGCCCUUCCUUAUUUCAUGGAACGGGGUGCAACAGCGAAAGAACUCAUGGCAGGACGGGAUGCCGGGGACAAAUUGCCCGAUCCCUCCAGGGGGGAAUUACACAUAUCAGUUUCAGGUUAAGGAUCAGAUUGGGACAUACUUUUACUUCCUCUCUACGUCCUUCCACAAGGCCGCUGGUGGGUUCGGAGGCCUGAGGGUCAACAGCCGUAUGUACAUUCCCGUUCCGUUCGACCCGCCGGCCGAAGACUACACUCUCCUCAUUGGCGACUGGUACACCAAAUCUCACAAGGAACUGAGGAAGAGGCUCGAUGACAGUAAAAGCCUUGGCAAGCCCUGUGGUGUCCUCAUAAAUGGCCGAACAGGCAAGAACGCCGAAACAUUGACAGUCGAGCCCGGCAAGACCUACCGUAUCCGCAUCUCUAAUGUGGGGAUCAAGACCUCCCUCAACUUCCGGAUUGAGGGCCAUGCCCUAUUGCUUGUCGAGAUCGAGGGUUCUCACACUGUGCAAAAUGUCUACGAAUCACUCGAUGUCCAUGUCGGCCAGUCGUACUCAGUCCUCGUUACCGCAAACCAGGCCGUCAAAGACUACCAGAUCGUCGCCUCCACACGUUUCACAAAGUACAUCCUCACAGGGACUGCAGUUCUCCAUUACUCUGGAGCUACCGAGGGUGUGUCGGAUGCUGCACUUUCAGGACCGACUGGCGUAGCCUUCUCUUUGAACCAAUUUCGGUCGUUUCGCUGGAAUCUAACUGCUAGUGCUGCUAGGCCAAACCCGCAGGGGUCCUACCAUUACGGCAGUAUACCGAUCGUGAGGACGAUUAAGCUCGCAAGCAGCAUUGGAAAGAUCGAAGGGAAGCUCAGGUAUGCGAUAAACGGGGUGUCCUACAAGCAGGCCAGCACCCCAUUGAAGCUGGCUGAUUAUUAUGAGAUGGGGAAGGAGGUAUGGUGCGACAAGUGCAUGCCGGACUCGCCACCAGAGGAGGAGAUGAAGGAGGAGACUAACGUGGUCGAUGGGGUGCACAGGGACUUCAUUGAGAUUGUGUUUGAGAACCGGGAGAAGACUGUGCAGACUUGGCACUUGAAUGGUUACUCCUUCUUUGCAGUCGGGAUGUCGCGUGGGACAUGGACGCCUGAGAGUCGCAAUGUCUACAACCUGUUUGAUGCAAUCAGCCGCUCCAACAUCCAGGUAUACCCAAAAUCCUGGUCUGCCAUUCUACUUACCACAGACAAUGCGGGAAUGUGGAGCUUGAGGUCAGAGAUAUGGGAACGCCAAUACCUAGGGCAGCAGUUGUAUCUUCGCAUUCCAUCGCCAGUCCAUUCCCUAAGAGAUGAAUAUGACAUCCCACUUAAUACCCCUCAUUGUGGCUUGGUCGCCAACAAGGGGGAACCCACCAAGGCUGAUUAGACACCAUUGCAUUGCAUGGUGCUCCAUUUAUUUUUUGCCCUUCCUCUCUCUCUCUCUCUCUCUCCCAGUUAGAAUAAGGCUUGCAGCACAAAUUACGUUUGUUUUCCAAGUGUGUUAAGAGUACAUUUAACUUGGAAGGUCACCCUAUUCGAUCUUCAUUCCAUUAACCACACAAGUGGUUUUCUUACAUUCAUAUUGACAUUAUUUUUUUCACAGCUACAUAUGUGAAAUUUCUUUCUCUCUC